AUGGAGUGUGUUGUACAACAAGUGGAAAGGAUGGAGAUUGUUGAUGAAGAAGAAGUAGUUGAAAGCCUAGGCAAAGUUGAACAAGAGAUGGAUUUCAAGCUUGAGAACACUUCCACACCAAGUGGUGUUGUUGAUGAUUUUGUGGAAGUUGUUAAAAUUUCUUCCAUUGAACUUGAAGAUGAUGUUCAGGAGGAUAAUGCGCAACCUCCAAAGCAUAGUAUGAAUGAUGAAAGAGUGGAAGAGGUUGAUCAAGAGGCAAGCUCCACCAAUGAAGAAUGUGUAGAAGACGUUGGUGAGCAAGAAACUGAAAUUGAAGAAGUUUGCCAAGAGGUGGAGAAAUUCAGGUUCUCUGAGAACGCCAAAAUGGAUCAGGUGAAGACAUCCAUGAAGAAUGGUGUUCUUACUAUCACUGUUUCUAAGGCAGAAGUUAAGAAACCUAAUGUUAAGCCCAUUCAAAUCACUCGUUAA